AGCCUCAGGAAGAAAGCUGGAGAAAUUCACUGUCUCUGUGAAUGUGGCUGCGGGCAGCAAAGUCACCUUUGAGUUGACCUAUGAGGAACUGUUGAAGCUGCACAAGGGGAAAUAUGAGAUGUAUAUCAAGGUUCAGCCCAAGCAGCUGGUCAAUAACUUUGAGAUUGUGGCAGACAUCUAUGAGCCCCAAGGGAUCAAAGACCUGAAUGCUGAUGUUUCAUUUAUCACCAAUGACCUGAUGAAUGUCCUCACAACAUCCUUCUCAGGAAAAAAGGGCCAUGUAUCCUUCAAACCAACUUUUGAUCAGCAACGCUCAUGCCCAACUUGCUCCACUUCUCUCUUGAAUGGAGACUUCAUAAUAACAUAUGAUGUGAACAGAGACCAGCCUGGGAAUGUGCAGGUUGUCAAUGGCUACUUUGUGCACUUCUUUGCUCCCCAAAACCUCCCUGUGGUGCCUAAGAAUGUAAUCUUUGUCAUAGAUGUCAGUGGGUCCAUGUCUGGUCGAAAAUUGACCCAG